AUUCGUGUGUACCGCUCUAGUUGAACGUUGUGUGUUCGCGUGUCUUCAUGUGAUAAUGCCUCCAAGCCAGUAUCAUAAGCCGGAAACUGCAUUGACUAAAGCAAGAGAACUUAUAAAAUGUGACAAAAAGUCUAACGCUUUGGAAAUUUUGUACGAAGUGAUGCGAGUUAGACGAACUAAACAAUGGCAAAAGGUCUUAGAAGAAUUAAUGAUGCUGUUUGUUGAACUUUGUGUAGAACUCCGUAAGAACAUCCACUUCAGAAAAGCAAUUUAUACGUACAAAAAUAUGAGUGUUAUGGAAAACACUAUUUCACUCGAGCAAGUUAUUCGUUACUACCUGAACCAGAUAAAGGGUAAAACUGAAGAAGCUCAAGAAGUGUCAAAGAGUGCUAUCAUGGAAAUUGAGGAUUUGGAUGUCCUGGAAACUCCAGAAAGUCUCAUGUUAAAUGCAGUUAGUAUGGAGGGUACUCAAGACCGAUCUGCUAGAACGAUUCUGAUGCCAUGGCUAAAAUUUCUCUGGGAUUCCUAUCGUUUGGUGCUAGAUUUGUUACGUAGCAAUUCGAAGUUAGAAAAGCUGUAUCAUGAAGUAGCUCAUGAUGCUUAUAACUUCUGCUUGAAGUAUGGUCGGAAGACGGAAUUCAAAAAGCUGUGUGAACUGAUUCGACAACAUACUCAGAAAGUCCAGAAUCAGUUACAACCUAAUGCACCUAAUGCUAUAAAUUUGAAUAAUACCGAAACACAGACAUUACACUUAGAGACUAGAUUACGACAGUUGGAUUGUGCUAUGGAACUAGAUAUGUAUAACGAAGCUUUUAAAACUGUUGAAGAUAUUUGGAGUUUUAUGAUGAUUUCACGAAUACAUGCUAUGCCUUCAUUAAUGACCAAUUACUACUCAAAAACAGCGGAACUUUUUCGACGAUGCGGUUGCCAUUUAUAUCACGCUGCUGCUUUACACAAACUUUACACGUUAUAUCGUGAUCAGAAAAAGAAUUUAACUCGUGAAGAACUAUCUGAUCUUGGAUCUCGUGUACUUUGUGCAACUGUUGCCAUUCCUUUGCCAAAUGCGAAACUGAAUGCUGACAAAUUCUUAUCUGGCGAGUACACUAUUAUGAAACAGAAAACACUUGCUGGACUUUUGGGUCUCAUUCAAGUACCAACUCGUCAAAGUUUAAUACGUGAUCUGGUUCGUCAUAAAGUGCACACUGUUGUCCCGUCAAAUUUAGCUAAGUUGUACCAAGUUCUAGAAGCGGAUUUUCAACCUUUGAAACUUUGGGAACUUGUUCAACCAGCACUCGCCCAUAUAACCACCUGUUCAGAUCUCCAAGUGUACAUUACGCAACUGCACGAUGUUAUCGUAGCAAAAACACUUCUACAAUUAUCUCAAGUCUAUCAAAGCUUGGAUUUCAACGAAUUUUUCAAACUAUGUCCAUUCAUGGAGCCUAUUCGACUUGAAAGGAUUGUAAUUGAGUUGAUUCAUAAUUUGGAACUGCCUAUUCGAGUCAAUCAUUUACAACAAGCCAUUUUCUUUGAUAAAUUUACAGAUCUGGGAAUAAGUCAAUGUGAAUAUGGUGGACAGUUAGUAUCACAGUCAACCCAUGUAAAUGACCCAGACAAAUUGUCUCGUCAACUAACAAUGUUUGCUCAAGUGAUGCAACAGAUAACUGAUAUUUUGGAAGUUGGUCAGUCUUUAGCUAAUUGUCGACGUGCACUUGUUCAAGAUUACCGGAAAAAUGAAAAAGUCUUACGCAGUGAAUUGCUUAAUCGACGUUGUUUAAUCGAAGCCCGAAAGGAAGAGAUUGAGACGUAUCAGGGUAAACGAGAUCAGUAUUACAGCAUUGUUGAAGCAAGACGUCAAGCAGAACAAGAGCGUCUAUUGAAAGCGGAAGAAACCAAUUUGGCCAAUGAAGCUAUACAACGUGAACGAAUGAAAACUGAAGAUGAGAAAGCUCGUCUAAAAUUACGAAUGGCACGUACUAGUUUGAAAAUGUUCUUAGAUUUAAAAAUUGAUACAAAACUUGAUUUAAAAGAGUUAACAGAAGAACAGCUUGAAAACUUUGAUGCAGAUAAACUUAUUAACAAGCAAAAACAAGAAGUGAAGAAAAAGCGAAAAGAACUAGCGGAAAAGGCUAAAACAAUGGCGAAAAAAUUGGACUAUUAUACACGUGCCUGUCGUAUUGAAGAAAUCCCAUUGUUACAGGCAAAGAUUGAGCCGGAAGCUAUUGAAUCUCGUGAAUUAUUUGAGCAGAGUGUGAGAGAAAUUGAGGAGCAUUCGAAAGCCGAGCAUGCACGACAAUUGAAAGAACGCAAUCGAUUAAUUCGAAUGAAAUCAGAUGUCCAGCGUCUUGUUGGUCAAUUAAAAGAAGCUCGUGAUAAUCGGUAUAGAGCUAAAUUGGCAGAAUGGGAGGCUCUGUGUGACCAAAAACGAUCGGAAAGAUUGGCUGAAAGAAGAGCUAAACACGAGGCUGAAUUAGAAGCUGAGGCACGUCGUCGAGCUGCACAAGAAGCACUUGAACGUGAAGAACAGAAACAACGUGAACUAGCUGCAGAAGCUGAACGUCAGAAACGUGAACAAGAAGCUAAAGAAGCGGCAGAACGUGAGGCUGCUCGAAUUGAGGAAGAGUCCAAGGCAUGGACACGUGGAGAUAUUAAAAGAGAUGAACCUGUAUCGGUUAAUCCUUUUGCUCGACAUCGUCAAUCUGAAAUUAAUAGUGCCUCUGGUAACGCAUUUCGUGACUUUCGACGUGAUGAUACGUCAAGAUAUUCAGAUUUUGGUCGGUCAUCGGGAAGUAAACGAGUUGGUUUCGAUAAUACACCAACUCUCCGUAGUGAUUCUUCCAAAGAUACUUGGAGUCGAAGUGGUCCACGAAGAACUGUUCCUUCUGAAUUUGAUUCGCUUCUAUAUGAAGAUGACUCUGGUAACGCUGGCGGUUGGACUCAGGUUGGAUCACGUAGAGAAACUGAACGAACAAGACCAUUCGGUAGAGGUGGUAGUACAAUGGGUGGUGGAUUCAAUAGAGCGUAAGAGAUACAUAUCCUGACUGAUUGCUUAUUUGUUUUUCUUUACAUUUAAUCAGUUAUUAUAUAAGUUCUAAUUGAUUGUCUCAUUUACUUUCAACAAUAAUGAUAAAGAUUUAUCAAAUUAACUUGUCAAAUCUUAUAGAUUGUUUUAAACUUAUAAUUUUCAGAAGGGAUUUUGUGAUUUUAGAGGAGUCCCUUACUAGGACAAAACGGCCGUUUAGUGCUUCCAGGUUUUCCAUGGUGGUCUAGCUUCAGUUGACUCAUGAUUUCAACUAGUCAAUUUAAUAAUUUUCAGUUUAUCCGAAUCUGAUGUGCUAAUUUAGUAAAGCAUAAAUUCAGUCAAUAUUAUGCAACAAUACUCCAAUUAAUACGGCUUUUUGUACUUUUAUGAUAAGCGACGAUAAAGAAAACACUUCAAGGUAUCAGCUACUGUUAACAAAAAUAAUAAUUCAACAUGUAGAGUUUAUGUUGGAGUAAAACAUACUUGAGUUUCAAGUGUCUUCAAAGCAUCGCUUGCAUAUAGUGAAAUCACUGAGUAAUGCUGAAGUGAGAUAUAGAUUAUUGGGUGGUGACUAUACAUCUUUGAAUUCUUACCGUCUGAAUUGACAAUGAUAUGUGCUAGACAUAUUCAAUCAUGACUUACCUCAACACAUAAUGUUGACUAAAGUAAGAUUAAGUUGGAAUAGAAAAUUUAAAGAGCUCAAACAUCAGUUUAUGAAAUUGUAGACUGUUAAAUUCAGCUGUAUUGGUACCACGAUCAGUGGUUAAAGACGGGUUACAUGGUUCAGAAUCAACUGUAAUGACCCUGAAUUGAGUCAGUUUAUUACAUGUACCACGUGUAUCUUUUCUCGAACAGUACCAUCUAGAUCAGUCAGAUGUAGCUCAGAUGAUAAGGGCAUGCUGUUGGCUGGGAUUCGACCUCCUUUUUAAGUGAUCAUUUACACCCCAUUAGUUUGAAUUUCAGCUUUACUUUAUUGGGGACAAAGAUGUAUAUACUAAUGAAUAUUCACAUAUUUCUUAUAUCAGUUCCCUACUCUUGUAUUUCUUAUUGAAGUAGCUGAUCGGACUCGUAUACCAGAAUCAGACACUACGCAGCAUAACAUUAUUCAUGGUUCUAUUAAUUCACUGAAACAUUAUUUCGUAUAUGAUAGAUAUUCUGAACAAAAAUUUAGAUCAAUUUACUAGUGCAUUUCAGUUUUAAUUUAAGUAAUAACUUUUACUUACGCCUGUUACUCCUCGAGAAGGAGCAUAGGCCGCUCACCAGCAUUCGCCAUCCAACCCUGUCCUGGGCAAUCCUUUCCAGCUCCUUCCAGUUGUUAUUCAUCCUUUUCAUAUCUGAUUCUAUUUCCCGACGUAUCCAUUUCCAUAGUCUUUUCAUAAUUUCUUUUACAGAUCUUUAUUAAAUUUCCUUUGUUUUGUUUUAUUUUCCACUUAUUCUCCUAGAUCUAAAAAUCUGGAUAUGGACACUGGUAGCUCAACUCCAUGGCGUAGAGAAGGUCCAAAUGCCACAGCGGGCAAAUCACAAGUUUUUGAAGAAAUGAGAGGUGGUAAUGUGAAACGACCUUUUGGUAGCUCAGGAUUCCCUUCACGACUUUCUAGGUAUGUUCUUGUUUAAAAAAUUGGUUUGCAUAAUCAUUUUUCUUCAACCCAUUUGAAAUAGUAUUGUCCUACUUUAUCUAUUUGUUAAUGGGUGUUUGGUCUUGUAUACGCAACGGUGGCUUGUCAUUGAGAUCGGUUUGGAGUGAUUGACAUGGCUAAUUAUAAAUAUUUCAUCCUAAAACCUCGAUGAUGAAACCCCCCUAAUGAUCGCUAGAUGACCGGUCCGAGCAAAAUGUCUAUAACAGUUUUCAACUCAGAAUUCGUUCAACUGAUCAACUAGUUGAAGACUAGCAACCUGUUUCAUUCUACUUUCAGUCAGUCAGCAACAAUGUAGAACUUCGUACGUAUGUACAUCAAUUCAAUUUCCCAUACCACGUUAGCACAGCGACACAAUUGUCGAUUCAAAUCCCGUAGUGAUGGAGGUAGUAAAAGUAUCAGCAGUAAUCAGAAACAUAAGGGUUUGAAGAUAUUAUUGAAGGAGUAUAAUCCAGUGAAAUCAAUUCGG